UCUUCCUUCCUUGGUGACAAAUCAAUGUUGAAUAAUAGCAAGUCAGACCGUGAAUAAAUAAUUGUCAGAAGGGCAUUAUAGACUUUCUAUUAACUGAAGCAAUCUAGAACUUUCCGGACUCCUAUAAAAUAUAAAUGGACAAACAACCAAACGAUAAUUAAUUGUUUUGUUGGUUUCUCUGGCGAUUUCUCUCUUGCGAAGUAAUGGACACGUUCUCUGCUUUCUUUGAUUCCCGAUCGGCGUCUAGCGGCGGCUGGACCUACGAUACCCUUAAGAACUUCCGUCAGAUCUCUCCGCUCGUCCAGACUCAUCUUAAACAGGUCUAUCUGUCUUUGUGUUGUGCACUGGUUGCCUCGGCUGUUGGAGCUUAUCUUCAUCUCUUAUGGAACAUUGGUGGCCUUCUUACAACAUUUGCAUGCUUUGGAAGUAUUGUUUGGCUUCUUUCCACUCCUCCUUAUGAAGAGCGGAAAAGGGUUGCUCUUUUGAUGGCAGCUGCACUGUUUGAAGGGGCUUCAAUUGGUCCUUUGGUAGAUUUGGCCAUUGAAAUUGAUCCAAGCAUUCUGAUUAUCGCGUUUGUGGGAACUGGGUUGGCCUUUGGUUGUUUCACAGCGGCAGCCAUGUUGGCACGGCGUAGAGAGUACCUUUACCUUGGUGCCUUGCUUUCAUCAGGCCUAUCGAUGCUUUUGUGGUUGCACUUUGCCUCCUCUAUCUUUGGGGGUUCCGCAGCCGUCUUUAAGUUUGAGCUUUACUUUGGACUGUUGAUAUUUGUUGGCUACAUAGUAGUGGACACACAGGACAUCAUCGAGAAAGCACACCUUGGUGAUCUUGACUAUGUGAAACAUGCCUUGACGCUCUUCACAGAUUUUGUUGCUGUAUUUGUCCGAAUUCUGAUAAUCAUGUUAAAGAACUCGAUGGAGAAGGAUGAGAAGAUGAAGAAGAAGAAGAGGAAGGACUGAAUACUUCUUUGUCUUGGUUUUGGCCUGUAAAUUGUUAAAUCGAGUGUCUGUACAUGUAACAUGAAUGUUUGAUGUUUUGGAUUUGCACUUGAUAGUAGCCCCUAAACCUUGGAAGAUAAACCCUCCAAAUGAUGAUUUUGAACAUCAAUUGUGAUUGUAACCAACUUAGAGACAUCUGAAUGGGAGGCAAUUUGUUCUUGGCUCUUUGAUUUUGA